GGACGUGAUGGCGGGCGGGGCGGGAGUGGCCGCCGCGCCACCGCGGAGCAAGAGCAGGGGCAAGGCCGUGCGCGCAGGCGUCCGCGCGGGACGGACGGACAGACGGAAAGACAGACGGGCCGGUCUCGCUCCCCGCGGCGCCACCGCCACCGUAUCCAAGCAGCCGCCGUGCCUCACCGGCAGCGCGCGGGAGGGCGGAGCCUCUCGAUUGACGGCCAGCACAGCCAAUCAGAACGCCUUCUCGCCGUUAGCCUGGGCGCGAGGCCAAUAGGAGCGCAAGGGGGCGGGGCCGGCCGGCGCGGACCGGCGCGAGGCGGCAGCCGCGCUCCCCGAACCUCGGCGGCGCUGCGGCCGCGCCCGGACCGGGACCGUGGUCGGGACCGGCGGGUGCGGACGGUGAGCGGGACCGCCCGGCAGCGCCUGCCCCGCUCCGGCCCGGCCUCCAGAGCUCCGGGCCCGGCGGAAGAGCCCCGCCGCGCGUGGGAGCCCAGGACUGAGCUUGCCCUAAAAGAAACCAUGUCAUCAGGGGGAGCUGAAGAUGAUAUUCCUCAAGCAGAGAGAAAAACGGUGACAGACUUUUGCUACUUAUUGGAUAAAUCUAAGCAGCUCUUCAAUGGCUUAAGGGAUUUACCUCAGUAUGGGCAGAAGCAGUGGCAAUCCUAUUUUGGGCGAACAUUUGAUGUUUACACCAAGCUCUGGAAGUUCCAACAGCAGCACCGACAAGUAUUGGACAAUCGGUAUGGGUUGAAGAGGUGGCAAAUUGGGGAAAUUGCUUCCAAGAUUGGGCAGCUCUAUUACCAUUAUUACCUGCGCACCUCUGAAACCAGCUAUCUCAACGAGGCUUUCUCCUUCUACUCAGCCAUCAGGCAGAGGUCCUACUACUCCCAAGUCAACAAAGAAGACAGGCCUGAAUUAGUGGUUAAGAAGCUGCGUUACUAUGCAAGGUUCAUAGUGGUUUGUCUCCUGCUCAACAAGAUGGAUGUUGUAAAGGACCUUGUAAAGGAGCUGUCAGAUGAAAUUGAAGACUACACGCAUCGUUUCAAUACUGAAGAUCAGGUGGAGUGGAACCUGGUUCUUCAGGAAGUGGCAGCAUUUAUUGAGGCAGACCCUGUCAUGGUUUUAAAUGAUGACAACACCAUUGUAAUCACCUCUAACAGGCUUUCUGAGACGGGAGCUCCGUUGCUGGAGCAGGGGAUGAUAGUGGGACAGCUUGCUCUUGCAGAUGCGCUCAUUAUUGGGAACUGCAACAACCAGGUCAAGUUCAGUGAGCUGACAAUCGACAUGUUCCGAAUGCUGCAAGCUCUGGAGAGGGAACCCAUGAACCUGGCAUCACAAAUGAACAAACCUGGAAUGCAGGAGUCAACAGAGAAACCAGCCAGGCGGGAAAACCCCCAUAAAUACCUACUUUAUAAACCAACUUUUAGCCAGCUAUAUACAUUUUUAGCAGCAUCAUUUAAGGAGCUGCCUGCCAACAGCGUGCUGCUGAUUUACCUGUCUGCCACGGGCGUGUUCCCAUCAGGUCGUUCGGAUAGUGAAGGUCCGUACGAUUUCGGGGGCGUGCUGACCAACAGCAACCGCGACAUCAUCAACGGGGAUGCCCUGCACAAGCGCAACCAGUCCUACAAGGAGAUGCACUGCCUUCACCCUGGAGAUCUCUACCCUUUCACCAGAAAGCCCCUGUUCAUCAUCGUGGAUUCUUCCAACAGCGUCGCCUACAAGAAUUUCACAAACUUAUUUGGACAGCCAUUGGUGUGCUUGCUUUCUCCAACAGCAUAUCCAAAAGCAUUACAAGAUCAGUCUCAGCGGGGUAGCCUCUUCACACUCUUUCUGAACAAUCCCUUAAUGGCAUUCCUGUUUGUCUCUGGAUUAUCAAGCAUGCGCCGAGGGCUGUGGGAGAAGUGUCAGGAUUACCUCCGGAAAAUCAACCGGGACAUUGCCCAGCUGCUGACCCACUCCCGAUCCAUAGAUCAGUCCUUCCUUCAGUUUUUCGGGGAUGAAUUCCUUCGCUUGCUUCUCACAAGAUUUAUCUUCUGUUCGGCCACGAUGAGGAUGCACAAAAUCUUCCGGCAGGAGACUCGAAAUUAUCCCGAAUCUUAUCCUCAGCUGCCAAGAGAUGAAACGGUGGAGAACCCUCACCUCCAAAAGCACAUUUUGGAGCUGGCUUCCAUUCUGGAUGUUAGGAAUGUUUUCCUGGAAAACACACUCGAUGACUAUUAAAAGAAACUGUCUUACUGCAAAGGGGAUUCCCUGGCCACAGAUUUUGAAUGGUGCAGUUUUAUAAUGUGAAAAUCAUAAAAGGAAGUACUUGAUUUUAUUUUUAAAUUUAGGACCAUUAUUUUAAAAAGUAAUAAUAAACAGCUGUUAGUUGAGCUGUUCCAUUCUGUAUGGGGUCAAUUUUAUAAGCAGAAGUUUUCAUGUCUUUUAAAUGUUAAACUAAAGAAUCACUAGAGGUUUAUUUCUGGUCUUGUGGCUGUCAACCACAUUUCCAACAGCUGAUCCUAAGCAUAGAAGUAUUAUUGGUUACCUUUAGCCCACAUUUGUGGAAAUCCUUUAUUUUUAUACAAUUUUAAGAAAUUGGAAAGAAAAAAAAUCAACAGAAAAAACCCAAUAUUUUAUCCCCAAAGAGUUUGGAUUUGAAAUGGUAAAGAUGGAACCACACAGUGCAAACCAACAAUAGCAAUAACACAGAUUCCUUCAUAACAAAUAUAUUUUUUCAGUCUUAGGCAAGUGAGGAGACAAAACUGUGGGCAAUUUAAGGGGCAUUUGGAGCAGUGUUUUGAAGUGAAUUUAUAAAGAUACUUAAUGCUCCCUCUAAGUUUGAUGCAGCAGUUUUCUGUAUGAACUGUGUACUGCUGGCCAAGGACCUGGUUGGGCAGGGGGUCAGUAGUGAACAAACUGCAAACCCUGAAGGUCAGCCCCCACCUCUCACUGCCACGUGGGGCAUCCUGCCACAGGAGGAGGGGGCAUUUUUCAGUUUGAGGUACUGUUAGAAAUUCCAGCAUUUCCAGCAGGUGUGUGGAUGGAGUGUGUGCUCCCCCAGCAUGAGCAGUCCCUGGCAGAGCUCAGAGGAUGGCCUGACAGUGCUGUGCCAGCCCCUCCUGUCCCUCGUGUGUCUGACCCCGCUGUGCCACAGCCCCAGGGAGGUGCUGCUGUUCCCCUUGCAGGUGAAGCUGAGUGGGAGCUGCCAGAGCCCCCUGGAUGUUUUCCAUGCCCCCCCAGGCUCAGUUCUGCCCUCAGGAGCAGCGAGGGGGCUGUAACGUGGCAGCACCAUCACUCCCCAGCCCCAGAGCUCAGCUGGAUGGGUGUCUGCAGAAGGACAGUGCCCUUGGGAAGGGGCUGGCUGGAGGAAGCCCUUGUGGCUGCUGGGAAGAGGGCUGGCUGCCUCAUUUGGGACUGCUCUGCCUGCCCUGCAGAGCUAGAGGAGCUCUGGCAGCUCCUGGCAGUGCAGGGGGAGCAAGGAGGAGGGAAUGGACAUACUUUACCUAUUAAAUGGAAGAGCCAGUUGUCACUGUUCCAUGGGCUGCUAGAAGUGAGAGGACAAGUCCAAUCAGUGCUCUUUGUUUAACCCCAGCCAUGCCUGUGUGCUUAGGUGGAAACAGUGCAGAACUUGGUGACUGUUGCAGUGUCCUGGCAAUCCUGGGUGCAGAGCAUCACCCAGGGUGUGAUGUGGUCACCCAGAGCAGCCUGGUGGAUCCAUUCUGCUGAGGGAGCACAGUGUGGAACAGCAGGAACAGCUGGUGUUAUAGCAGCUGGGGAGUUUGCAUGAAGGUUCUUUGUAGCUGGGCUGAAGCUUGCACCAUCCAUUCUUUAUUUCCCAAGUGUACAAAAUCCUGUGAAUGCUUGUGUUUGUCCUAAGCAGUCGUGAAGCUGGUACAUUGAGACCCCCCCUUGGUGCUGCUCUUUGGAGCCUGGCAGGACUUGCUCUGCCAGGCUGUGGAGUCUGUUCUGACGGGUGUGUGUUGGUGUGUGCAUGUGUGUGCUCGGCGUUUGUGUGUGUGUGUACAGUACACAUGCAUCUACUGCCUGGUGUAAAUUGUAAAUAUGUAUCUAUGUACAGGUACUUGUAUAUGUAUUAAAAAGAAUGAACCACUAUGAUGUCUAUAUACAAAAUUUAUAUAUACACACAUAUGCCAUGUUGGGUGGAUUCCACAAGGUGCUGCAGAUCAUUUGUGGUUGUACUAAAGGUUAUGGCUCUUUUGCCACUGUAAUUUGCUGUUUCCAGGGACUUACCUUGGACCUUGAAGUAAUUGAUAACUGAUUAUUGCAGGUACAGGAGCCCUUAGUUAGCCAGGGCAUGGGUAUCCCUGUAUGUAUUGCAGUGAUAAGAUCCCUGUAUUUACUGUGAAGCUGAUCCUGGCCUUUCUGCCUGGUAGGAGGUCCCCAGUUGCUGAAAUGUGGGAUUGUAUGUGGAGGCUAAAGAUGCAGGAAGCCUUUAAUGCAGCAGCAAGUGAGAGGCAGGUUAUCUGUUUCCCUGCCUGCUGUUCCUCUACCAGCAGCAUUCAGCUUGCAUAGAAAAAAGGAAUUGAGUUUUCCCCAGCUCACUGUCUUCCAACCAAAUGCUUUUGCUUUGCUUUAGCUUUUGCUUUGAUGAAGCUAUUCCUUUUUUGGUUCCAUCUCUGUGGAAAAGAGUAUGUUGUUUCCAAGCAUAGGAGUGAUGAUAAUGAUGAUGACGAUGAUGAUUCCACUCGUGUGAGCUGGUGAGCCUCUGGGACAUUGCUUGUGAACUGACUGGGAAAGCCUUGGUGGUCCUCACCUUUAUUUAGCCAGGCUCAAGUGGGGAGUCCUUGCUGUGACCUGAGAGGCUUCUACCAUUUGCAGCCCUUCGAGGAAGUUCUGUUUGCUUUUUGCCAAGGUAGAUCUCAUCAGAGAAGAAUGCACUUUUUAAAAGAAGUUGGAAUGUAGGAGGAGAAUAUAGGCCUUAAAAAUUAGUUCAGAAGCUGAACUUAACAGCAAUGACUGUCCAAAUGAAAAAUUAAUUUUUGAGGUUCCUAAUUCUCCUCUUACCCGCUGAUCUUUGUUAGAAGGUCCAGUGCUGGGACAUUCAAAGAUAAAGAUUUCACUCCUGUUGUGCUGGGAGGAGUAUGGAAUUGUACUGUGGAAGCAGAGGGCUCAUACCCUCUGUCUGCUCUAGCUGUAGCUAGGACGAGUGUCUCCUCUUGGAUUUUGAGCCAGCCCCUUCUUUCCCACCCAAAGAACUGCAUUCAAUAUGAAAAUGUUGAUAUUUUUCCCUCCAAGUAAAAGCUUGUCUUGUUUGAACUAAGUCAUUCUGAACUUGUGCUACUGUGUGCUCUGUGCUAUGGUCGUAGGUACCUCUCGGUGUAUGCUUGUGUGUACUGAAGAAAAUCUGGUUUUGUAUCUCGCAGUCCUCAGUGUGGAAGCCAAGCAAAGACUGAACCAUUUUUAAGUGAGAAGAGUACAAAUCCUUUUCUUCUCAGGCCUGAUGCCUUCCCUCUUGUCUCGCUCUCCCUUUCUCCAUGUAUCUUUAUUGCUUAUAUUAGCGGAGAAGACUUGCCAGCACCAGGCAAUGCCAAAUUAAAGGGGUAAAUUCUGCAUGUAAAACAUUGAGAGGACAAGGUGAACUGGUCCAGCUGUGUCCUUACAGGACUGCUCCUGCCUGGCUCCCUGCUCCCUGCAUGUGGUGUGCUCAGAUGAAUCCUGCUCCCACAGUAGGUUUGUGCUCCUGCUCAAAUUGGCUUUGGAACAUCUCGCCAAAGUAAUGCUGUUGCCUUUUUUUCCCCUUUGACUUCUCAAAGUAACAGUGAUAGGGCAAUGCAGGGUUAUGAGUCUUUAAUGCUCUGUUUUUUCAUUCCUCCUGGGAUGUGAUGUGUCAUUUUGCUUAGUGCACCAGCUAAAUGGAGCACUAACUUCCAUGAGCUGCGCAAACAGGACUUGCUCCCUGGAGUGCUUUCUUGAGAAGUUGCAGGACCUUUCUUUGAGCAGUUCAUCAAAAUAAUGUCUGUCAAGUCAGGACUGACUAAACCCCUCAAGACUGUUCCCCAGGGGGAUGUGCAGAGAUGUCUUUAAAGGAUCAUAGGAAAUAGAUGGGGGCAACAGGAAAUCUGGCUUCAAUUAAUCAUCUUCAGAAGUUACAAUUUGAGUAGCUCUGGUCAGGCUUCUCCCCUCAGAAUGGGAUGGAAGUGCUCUGUUCCAUAGCCCACCCUGGCAUGAGUUAGGAAGCAUCUCCCCUGCCUCACUGCCUCCCAUGUCCUGUAACCAUGCUGUGCUGCAAGUCUGCUCUUCCCAAAGCUAAAAAUCUUGGAAUCUGUCUGAACAAUUGUUUUGUCUUGAGGUUUCUUUGUAAAAGCUUUACCUGUGUUUGAUUCCUCAGUAACUGUCCGAGUGCAGCUCAGUGGUGCAGAGCAGCCGAGCCUCACUCAGUCGUGGUGGUGCUGGGAGCUGCUCUGGUGGCUGGGGCUGCUCCUGGGGCUGAGGGAGCUCUGCAGGCAGGAACACGUAUAUGAACAAGGGAAAAAAAUUUAAUAGAGCUGAAAACUGCUCUGUGCACCUUGUAAGGUCAGACUGGACAGAGCAGCCGGGCUAAGCUCUGCAGAGCAGAUGAUACACUCCUGAAGGGGCUCUCCUGUAUUUGUAACGUUGGACUUUAGAGCAAUACUGUUCUGUGACCAAAUGUAUUCAGGUGCUUUGAAGAUCAAUAGAGAUCUGCUCACUAGAGCAGAGGACACACGUAACUCCUUCAGAUUUAGGAGUGACAGCUACUUCUUGUUUUCCUGUCUAAACUAUUGCCAAGACUGAGGAGAGUUAGUUCAGGAUUUCUGAAUCUGACAAUUUUUGGGGUUAAGGACUGUCUCUGAAUUCUGCCCAGAGGCACGCACAGAUGUUUUGUUCCUGGUUUGAUUCCCGCUGGGAGCAGACCCCAGCACAGCUGGCUGGCCUGCAGGAGCCCCAGAGCAGAACAGAUCUUACCAGCCCGGUCCCAGCAGCCGCUCCUUCCAGAACAAACCCUGCUGGGAGGAUCUGCCCCCUGACUUCACAGAUGGCUUUUGGUACGUGUUGGUGAUGGUUCUGCCAUUGAACUGGUUUGUUGGGAGCAGGAUUCUGCCUCAUGCAGGCUGAAAAGCACAAGUGGCUUCUGCCCUGGGCCAGGCCCAGCGAGAAGAGGAGGGGAGCGCAGGUGGGAGCGUUCUGGGAAUGCAGAGGGACCGUGCCUCGGGCAGCCCCGCUGCGGAGGUACAGGGAGCGUUUUGCCUCUCUGAGAAUCAAAUUAUUUAUUACCAAAAGUAAUUUUAUAGUGAAUUGGUUUAAAGUUAUUUUACAGCUGUGUGCCUGUAUAUCGUAUUUUGGUAAAAACGGAUAUUUUCCUUAAAAUAUAUAGAGAUAUAUAAAUAAACUUUUUUUGGAGCAAAUGGACUUUUUUGCAAGGGAUCUGUAAUCGCCAAAGCAGUGUGAUGCCAGAAGCGACUCUGCCGUUGUUCGGGGAGGGAAGGAGCGUGUUUGUGUUACUGCUGGACACUGCGGGGAGAAGCGAAGCCGCGAUGGAGCCGGGCCCUACCGCCUGUCCCGCUCCGGCCGGGCACCACCGACCGGCGCCAGCCCCGCGUCCCGCUCGUCACCGCCUUUCCAGCCUUUCCAGAGACUUUGGAGCAGAUUUCCGUUCGCUUUUGUCCCCGCCGCGCCGGGGCCGCUCCCGCCCGGUGUUCGCGGUUGUGCCGUGUCCGAGCCGUUCGCUGUCCCUGUCCCGGCCGCCGCCCCGGCCCCGCCGGCGGACUGUGCUGUCAAUAAACUGUGAUAAACGCUCGUA